AUGACGCAUCUUGAUGACAAUGUAACAAUGUAUCUCGGGUCGACAAGACCGGCUUUAAAGCUAAAAGCCAUCUACCGCUCUCCCCAAUCUCAUCCAUUCAACUCUCCCAACGCCGCCAUGAGCUCCUCCGCGUCAUCCUCUCCUCCCGUUGACACCGACGAGGUCAUCUUUGAAUUGCCCGACGCCAUCCGCCUUUACCGGAGCGGCCGCGUGGCCCGCCUCCGUCCUGACGAGCUCGUCCCCCCGUCCCUCGAUCAACCAACCGGCGUCCAAUCUAAAGACGUCACCAUCAACCCAACCACCGGCCUCUCCGUCCGCCUCUACCUCCCGCCCUUCUCUGCCCCAAUCCCCAAAAAGCUCCCGGUUCUCAUCUCCAUCCACGGCGGCGGCUUCUGCCUCGUACGCGCCUCCUCCUCCAUAUACCACGGCUACGUGAACUCCAUCACCGCUAAGGCCGGAAUCCUCGCCGUCUCAGUCGACUACCGCCUCGCGCCAGAGAACCCUCUCCCAGCCGCCUAUGAUGACUGCUGGGAAGCCCUGAAUGCUGGAAUGGGUUUUCGCCGCCUCCGAUCCUUGGCUGUCUGA